CAUUUUUUUUUUCUCUUCGAAAUAAUGAGAAAAAAUGAUGCGAAGGAGAGCGCGUGAGGUCGGCCUUUCUCCGAUGUAAGAUUUACCCAAGUUUUGAUUUUUGCUUUGCUCGCUCUGCAUUGUUUUCGCACGAUAUCAUAUUUCCAACGACGACGCGGUAAGAAUUACUGUUGCAAAAAUAUUGCAUCUUCUGAGAAAGUGUCCUUCAUUCAGCGACAUACAAUCCAGCCAAACCAUGAGCUUUUCUACAACCACCUCCAUCACACAAAAAGAUGUAUCCCUUUCCUCCGAAUGGGCUCCAUCGGAAUGGGCCGAGACAGACACGCAAAUGAUCCCUGGAAACGUCGACGGAGAAAUGCUUCCUGCCAGUGCUUUCCAAGCUGCCGGCAAGGUUCUCAAGCAGUGGCUAUCUGAUGGGCAACAAGAGCCUGAUCAAUGCUAUCAAAACCACCUAAACAACUGCAAUUCUGCUAUUGCAGUGAUUCCAUGCGAUUCAUCGGCAUCGUCUACCGAACACGAUGAUGCGACCGCUGACCUGGCCAGUCUCAUGGAAGUCGACGAAGAAAUCGGCGAGAACCUUUUAGGCGAUGAAGUUUUUGGUGGUCCAUGCGAAAUAACUGAAGAUAGCCAACUCCAUUUCGGUUACUCGUUAUCCGCAGUAUCUCACGAAGACAAAACUCUCAUGAACUCGAUCUCGGCUAUGAACAUGGAAGAUGACAUGAGCGAAGAGGAUCGUCGCUUCUUGGCGCCUUUGCUUGUGGAGAAUACCUCGACAUCGAUGGAUUACGAUGCCGGUUAUAUUGUCACAGACGAUGAAGUUCUACAUCAGCCAUGCGCAUCAUCUCCAUCGGCGAUCGUGGACCAGCAGCGAUACCAAGAAAUCAUGAAGAAACUUGAGGCGUCUAUGAACCGAUCUCAAGAAACGCGCAAAAGCCUGACCAUGAAAACGCCAAAAACAGAAAAAUACAAUCGCCGCCGAAGCAUAACUGGUGUCCUCUCUUCCAUCGAGUCCUCUUCGAGACAACUCCAAAAUUUCUUGCAAACGGUGAAGCAAAGGAAGCAAAGAACUCCAGUUUGAAUUGAAACUCUUGUAGAAUGCGCCUACGCAAAGCUUCGCAGUUAGAUCCGACUGAACUAAUGAUCCAUCGAACAACAUUUUGAUUAUAAAUGACUGGCUUUACC